GCCGCCGCCCGUCGCCCGCCCCGGCGCGGCCCCGGCCGCGAGCGCAAGAUGGCGGCGCCCAGGCCGCCCCCAGCCCGGCACUCGGGCGUCGCGCUCACGGCUCCCAUCCCGGACCUGGAGGCUCUGCGCGCGCUCACGGCGCUCUUCAAGGAGCAGCGGAACCGAGAAACAGCUCCCAGAACCAUCUUCCAGAGAGUCCUGGACAUCCUGAAGAAAUCUUCUCGUACCGUGGAGCUGGCCUGCAGGGACCCGGCCCAGGUGGAGAACGUGGCCUCCAGCCUGCAGCUGAUAACAGAAUGCUUCCGGUGCCUGCGCAACGCGUGCAUCGAGUGCUCUCUGAACCAGAAUACCAUCAGGAACUUGGAUCUGAUAGGCAUGGCCGUUGACCUGGUUCUUCUCUUCCGUGAGCUUCGUGUGGAGCAGGACUCGCUGUUGACAGCUUUUCGCUGUGGCCUGCAGUUUCUAGGCAACGUGGCGUCCCGGAACACAGACUCCCAGGCCGUCGUGUGGAUGCAUGCCUUUCCCGAGCUCUUCCUGUCUUGCCUAAACCACCCGGACCGGAAGAUCGUUUCCUACUCCUCCAUGAUUCUGUUCACAUCUCUCAACGCCGAGAGGCUGAAAGACCUGGAAGAAAAUCUCAAUAUCGCCAUCGACGUGGUGGACGCUCACCGGAGGCAGCCGGAGUCCGAGUGGCCGUACCUGGUUAUUUCCGAGCAUUUUCUGAGAAGCCCAGAUAUGGUGCAGACGCUGUAUGCCAAAAUGAGCAAUCAAGAAAGGGUCACACUCCUGGAUGUCAUCAUCGCGAAGAUCACCGGCGACGAGCCCCCACUCAGGGAAGACGUCCCCGUGUUUCUGAGCCACGCUGAGUUGAUGGCGAGCACUUUCGUGGAGCAGUGCAAGAUGGUGCUGCAGCUGACCUCUGAGCAGCUCGCCGACGAUGAGGAGGUGCUGGCCACCAUCAGGCUCCUGGACGUCCUGUGUGAGAUGAGCACGAACACGGAGCUGCUCAGCUAUCUGCAGGUCUUCCCUGGCUUGCUGGAGAAGACGAUCGAUCUUUUACGACUGGUCCACGUGGCUGGUGCUGACGGCACGAACAUCUUCAGCACCUCCAGCAGCGUCCGGGCCGACGGGGACGUGUCCAGCGUGGUGGAGGGCUUCCGGUCCCACCUCAUCCGCCUGAUUGGAAAUCUGUGUUACAAGGACAAAGCGAACCAAGACAAGGUGAACGAGCUGGACGGCAUCCCCCUCAUCCUGGACAGCUGCAAGCUGGACGACCACAACCCCUUCCUCACCCAGUGGGCCGUCUACGCCAUCCGGAACCUGACGGAAGGCAACAGCCGGAACCAGGACCUCAUCGCCAAGCUGGAGGAGCAGGGGCUGGCCGACACGUCGGUGCUGAAGAAGAUGGGCUUCGAAGUGGAGAAGCGCGGCGACAAGCUGAUCCUGAAGCCCACGGGGGACUCUCCCAGCGGUGACUGAAGGCUCCGGGCACGCGCCUGCGACUGGGCCACCUGUCCCGCGGGGUUCUCUUCGCGUGCAGCCUGCGGAUCUCGGGUGUGCGAAGGUUUCCCGGCACCAGUCGAGAGAGACCGGCGUCUCCCGGGUGGCAGCUCACGGCCCCGUGCGUGGCCGCGCCAGAGCGAGCACCCACGCGUGACCUGUUGCUGUUUGCUUUGAGCCUGUCCCUGUCUGCUUGCCUCUGUCCCCGUGGGCGCCAUGUGUGUGUCCGUGAUGUGUUGUACUUGUUGUGCCCGCGAACAAUAAAGUCUCGGCCGCAGGCGUGCCCCCCUGGCUCGGUGAGGCCGGGCGUGCCCGGGCCCCGCACGUCCCUUCUGCCCCCGCUCCUCAUGGGCCCCCGGCCGCUGCCUCAGCACCUGGAGCCGCUUCUCGCCGACCCAGGCCGUCCCCUCCCUCCCCUCCUGCCGGGACUCGUUUUCGGUGAAUUGAUUCGAGAGGUGCUAUGGGUCCCGAGCUCCCUCCCGGGGACGGCCCCUCUGGAGCGUGGCACAGACCCGGGCUGCUGACUCGUCAUUCCAGAGCACGGGAGCCGCCCCAGACACGCCCUGUGCCAUGCUCUGCCGGGUGCCCGGCCCUCGCACAGCCACGGUGCUGCGGGGCCAAGCCCGGCCCGGUGGUGUUCACACGGCGCCCGGGAGCCUGGGCUGGGUGGGGCACCGCUGAGCCACUCGCUGCCGCCUGCCCCGAGUCCUGUGCAGCUUCUGGCCGUGUCCUUCCGGCUGCAGGCCCUGAGCCCUCGGCCCUGCCGGAGUAGGUGCUGUCCUCAGGCCCGUCCUGCGGGAGGAAGCGGCUAGGGCUGGGGCGCCGUGUCCAGCGCUUUGCCCGGGCCUUUGUCUUCCUGCCUUAGCAGUGGGUCGGGAUUUGAAACUGCUCCCACAGGUGUACGGUAUUUGUACGGUAUUUCCCCCCCCCCCACAAGUACGAGAGGGGCCAGAGGAGGCGACUCUGGGCCCCGCCGAGCUCUGUGCCCAGGACUGGCCCCUGGCAGGCCGGGGGAGCUGGCCUGCGGUGCCGAGGGUUGAGCCACAGUCGGCGGCACACCGGUGCCUGCCUUCCUGCCCACGUGCUCCAGCCCCCGUUUAGCAGUAGGGUUUGGCCAUAAUGAAAUCUUCCGUGCCAGCUGUUAGCGGGUCCCAAACCAGAGUAGAUUAUUCCCUGUAUGGUAACUCCGCUGCCCCCCAAAGUCUUUUUUUUUUUUUUUUUUUUUUUGCUUUUUGUGAUGCACAAGGGUCACUCCUGGCUCUGGACUUAGGAAUGACUCCUGGCGGUGCUCAGGGGGCCCUAUGGGGUGCUGGGGAUCAGACCCAGGUUGGCCAAUUGCAAGGCAAACACCCUCCCCGCUGUGCUAUCGCCCCAGCCCAAGUCUACAGUCUCUUUAAGUGGCCGGGCAGGAAACAUCACCCCUGCUCCCACCCGGGCUUCUGAAACCCCCGGGUUGUCCCACAGCGACCCCCCAAGGGCUGUUCCACUCCGGGACAGACUGGUCCAUUCUCUUGGCUGCAUUGACAUCCAGAAUUUCAAUGUUUCUGUCCUUGAUGGAAAAGCAGGUGUUAGGACAAAAACACAGUCCCUGCGGGAGACUUUUAAAAAAUAAAAAAAAAAUCCAAAUCCCA